UCACAUAACUCUCCCAGAGAUAACAAUAUCACAAAAGAAAUGGAAAGCGAAAAGAAAAGGAAAUGACAAAUCCUUUCCAAAAUUAAUUAAUCUUUAUCGAGUAUCCGUAUCUGGAGUCCGGCGAGGCAGUGUCCGGCUGUCCGCCAUGACUGUUUUACACUCCUCUCUGCCACUUGGCUUCCCAACUAGUCGUCUCUCUUAUCCACGCUUCACUGUCACGGGAAGCAUUCCUCUUCCAUUUACAAAACAGAAAGCAAAGUAUCAUAAAGAGCUUCAAGCUGCUGUUGAUGUUGUUGAGCGAGCUUGUCGUCUUUGUGUUGAGGUGAAGAAGUCCUUAUUCUCGACUGAGGGGAAGAUACUGGAAAAAACUGAUCAGACUCCUGUGACAAUUGCGGAUUUUGGAGUCCAGGCACUAGUCAGCUUGGAGCUUGAAAAAUUAUUUCCUUCCAUUCCUCUGGUGGCUGAAGAGGACUCAGCUUUUCUACGAUCAAAUAAUCUGGCAAAUUCUGUACUUGAUGUGGUAACUGAGAAAGCAAAAAUCAGUGGCAAACCUUUGACGGAAGCUGAUGUAUUAGAAGCAAUUGACAGAGGUGGGAAAGAUGCCUUUGUCUUUGGAUCUAGUCCAGCUACUUAUUGGGUACUAGAUCCAAUUGAUGGCACUAAAGGGUUUCUAAAAGGCACUGAAGCCUUGUAUGUGGUAGGUCUCUCUCUUGUGGUUGAAGGAGAUGUUGUGCUAGGAGUUAUGGGCUGCCCUAAUUGGCAAGAGGAGGAUUGCAGCAAACUCAUUAAUGAAAUUCAGGAGUACAAAGACGUCAUAGCUCAAUUAGGAGUUGUUAUGGUUGCUCAUGUUGGAUGUGGAACAUGGAAAAUGAGAUUGAACGAUAUUUCCAGUAACACAACAAAUUUGGCUGAUAGCUGGAUCAGAUGCUUUGUUGACAAGUACUCCAUGAUUAAUGAGGCAAGAUUUUGUAUUUCAGAUAGUCAGCUUUGGGAGUCUCUUCCGCUGUCAAAUUCAUUUGAUGCGACGAUUGACAUGGAAAAUGUUUCUGAAAAUGAAAUUCUUCUUUUGCCUCUAUGUUGUGGAAGCUUGUGCAAGUAUUUGAUGGUGGCAUCUGGCAGGGCAUCUGUUUUCAUUCUCCGUUCAAGGGUUGAUAGAAUUAUCAAGGUCUGGGACCAUGCUGUUGGAAUCAUAUGUGUGCAAGAGGCAGGCGGAAUGGUUACUGAUUGGGAAGGGAGUAAAAUUGACCUUGCAGCAGAUCAAGAUGAUCGGAGGGCCCUAUUUCCUUCUGGCGGUGUUCUUGUAACAAAUAGAAGUGUACAUGACCAGAUACUGGGGCUAAUUUCUUCCAGCAAGUCACUUGCUUGAUGGUAUGCUGUCUCACAAAUUAGCAUCUGCUUCAUGUACCCCAACUAUAAGGAAGAUAUUGCAUUAUUGUUUACCACAUAGGCUCCUGUGAUUGCCUAUAUUUGGUCAGUGGUUAUACUCACACCAGUAUCAUAGAUCCAAUAUUCUUUGCAUAUAUUCAUUGCCCACAGUCAAAUUCGAGAUGAGGUUGAUUCCUCAUUUUUUUUCUUUUUGUUAUUGUUAUAAGACACAAGUCAAGCAUAUACGUUUAUCUCAAUAAUACUACAUCAUACCUGUCCAUUUUUGCCCUUA